CUCUCUUCCCCAAAUCCUCUAGCAUGUCCCAACCCCCUCUGUAUUUCGUCCCAAACCAUAUUCUUCGUCACGGAACCCUCGCGAAACAGUCGCAAUAGGAGCUAGCUGGGAACGCAACGACGGGAACGCCGCUUACAGUGAUCCGGAACUCCCAUUUAUCUCCUCCUUCCGCCCCUCUCCCGCCCGAAACCAUCGAGGAAGUUUGGCAAGAUUUAGGUUAAAUCGUGCUUAACUUUCUGCUCAAGUCCUGCUACCGAACAGCCCCUAAAUUUACUCCUUAGUAGAAUCAUGGGAAAGACGAAGCCAAGAGUCUCCAAGAAGCCCAAGCGUGGUCUGGACUUCAAAAAAAUAAAACGUAAAAUUGGGAGGAAGUUGCCUCCUCCUAAGAACUUCACGGAUACAAGCAUCAAAUCCAAAGCAAUUAUUCUUCCGGAGCAGAGCGUUGCUACUGAUAAAGCAAGUUUGGCUGUUAACAAUAAGGGUUUGACUUUGAGAGAGCUCCUUCAGCAGACAUCGCAUCACAAUGCUAAGAUACGGAGAGCUGCUUUAAUAGGUAUUAAAGAUUUGGUGUCAAAACAUCCAUCAGAGCUUAAACUUCACAAGCUUGCCCUGAUAGAGAAGCUAAGGGACCGGGUUUGUGACAAAGACAAAAUGGUUCGUGAAACUUUGUAUCAAAUUUUAAAGACAGUUAUCUUUCCUUCUCUGAAAGAGGAUGCAACCGGGCCUUCAAUCUCUUUGUUAAUGGUUUAUGUAUUCAGUGCGAUGACACAUAUUGCAGUUGAUAUCCGUCUGAUGGCUUUUAAGCUCUUCAAACUCGUUGUUCUGAACUACCCCUCUUCCUUUACCAUAUAUACUGGUCAGGUUAUUGACAACUAUAUUGAUAUUCUCAGAAAUCAUCUAAAGUAUCUACAAGAAAAGAGCAACCUCAGGAAUGCUCUUGGUGGAUUAGUUCAUUGCCUUUCCCUGUUGGUCAGCAAGAGUGAGGAGGAUGAUCUCAAUGGACAGAACAUCAAUGAGAAAAUGUGUUUACACAGUUACAAAAGUGAAGCACGCUGUGAUGAUGCAGUUUUGUUGGCUGUAAAGAGGUUUCAAGAUCUUGUGCCAGCAUUAGUCAGCUGUUUCCAAGAAUCCAGUUCAGUGAUCCGGUCGAUGUCUACAAUUGAUACAGAAUCUUUUGAUUGCUUUUUAUUUAUGCUUCAGUGCAUAAAUCUGUCAGUCACUCUCUAUGUUAAAAACAUAAAUAAAUUUCUUGUAAUGCCUGCACACUCGACUUCGCUGCCUGAUGGAGGUCCUUAUGACAUGCUUGUACUUCUGAAAAAGUUAUGGGAAAUAUUUCCGAUAGUCAAAAUGCAUCGAUCUACUCCAAAGGAUGAUGAGAGGUAUUUGCUUUUGAAUCUUAAAAUUACAGAGACAUUUUUGCACCUGUUUCCUUGGAUCAACGACAGCCCAUUUCCAAUUGAGAAAUUUCUAGGGUUCAUUGAGAGUUCUCUUCUCGGGGAGGUUGUUUGCAGUUCCUCCUGUAACAAAGCAUUAUUGGAAAAGCAUUUAUGCCCAAUUUUGCCGUUUAUUCCAAGUCUUAUAUCGCAAGCUACGAGCAGCUGGAGGUCUUCCCUUUUAAAGGCCUUUACUGUUGCUUUUAAAGAUUGCAAAGUGGAUUCUCAGAUUUGCCUGUUGUAUUUAGGCGCAAUAAAAGAAAUGCUCCUUCCUACAACAAGUUGCAGUCUGCAGUUUUGCAAUUAUCCGGAAUUGGUAGGCUUUCAGGUUGAUUGGCUUCAUGAGCUUCCCAGUGUCCUUUGUCGUGUUGGUGACAGGCACGCGAAUAUUUCCAAAGCUAUUUUGAAUUUAAUUUUAUCUAUUGGGCAAUCUUCUGUACCGAACUCAUUUCUUGCUGUGGAGUAUGAUCGCUUGCAGUCGGUUUUGACAGGCUUUUAUGGAAGAAGUAUUGAUGAUGCCAAAAUGCAUGGACCUUUUAUAAAGCUUCCCAUUGAUUGCCAAGAGCUUGCCAUCAGCUGUCUCUAUUAUUUUUCAAGCGUAAGCAUUGACUUGCUGGAGUCACUGGCUUUGUGCUGCUUAGAUCCUACUCUGGAUAUAGUUGUAGUUGUUCGUAUUGCUGAGGUUCUUAAUUCAGCUUACAGAGCUGGUCAUGUUUAUAUCUCUCAUUUUAUUGGGUUCUUGUUCACACUAGUGGCUCGCUUUAAAGCUAAUCCAAAUUGGUUCUGUAUAGAGUUGAAAGAUGGAAAUUUCUCAAGUCGGGGAUCUUUCAAGUUCCUUGUCGAUUAUGUCUCUUCAUGCCUUUCUCUGAUGGGCGACAAUUCUUUGGUUUUGAAGUUGCUGUACAAAAACUUUUUUAAUGAAAUUUCACAAAAGCCAUCUCUAGACAAUACACAUGGUAUGCUGAAUAUGAUCAUCACACUGGAUAAAAACACCUGCAUACUUUCAGACGAGAGUGUCAUUACUUUAAGCAAGUGCCUUGCUGGAUACAUUACUGAUGCUGCUUCUUAUAUUCCGGAAGAAAUUAAGGCUGAUUUUCAAUCUGAUAAGUUCAGAAUUUUUAAGUACUAUGUCCGGCCUUGCAUUAUAUUGUUCUACAGAAAUGACAAGCUGCUGUUUCAUGUGUUGGAGUUAUUUGCCUCAGCACUAACAGAAAACAACUUCUCAGUUCAGUCCCUAUCUGAUUUUAAUUUUUGGCUGGAGCUUUCAUGUAAGAUUCAUGCAGUAUCAUCCAUCCUUAUAUUAAUGCAUAACGAAGAGAGAUGCCGUGGAAGCCUUUCUUUAAGUAAAGAUGUUAUAAAAGAUGUGGUGCAGAACAUAGGGAAUCUACGGGUAACAACUACAUUUAGCAUGACUUAUGAAGAAAAACACAAGCUACAAAUAAUUUAUGACAGACUAAAUGCGAAAUUUUAGCAUGCAGUUUUGGAAUGAUGCUGAUCAUAGAGGACUCCUGAAAUGAAAUAUUACACAUCAAUGCAACUGUCAAUCCCACAAACAAUUUGACGUUGAAAUUUUAUGUGCGAUGAAGAGUUGCUCAAACAAGCUGUACAUGGUGACUGACCCUAAGUAACUAACAUGGCAGAAGUUUUUUUGGAAGUAAAGCUGGGAUUGCUUCUCUCACCAACCAGCCGAGAUGAUGCUGAAAUUUUGUAAUUUAAUCAUCCAACACUAUUUGUUCUUACAAUCUUUACCUAUGUUGAACAUUCAUAUAGUGUUUCAAAUAUAUGUUUUAAAAUGACAUUUGCUUCUUGUAUGCAUUUCUAUCUUGGCUCCUACUAGUUAAACGUGAAGCUUGGGAUUGUACUGAACAGUUAAUUCUUUUGGUUGGAGAAAUGAGAAGUGUAGAUUCCACUCA